UACUAGCACUAGCACUAGCACUAGCACUAGCUUUGGCUUGACAUUCCCUCUUAUUAUUCCUUUGUGAAGUAUUAAGUUCCCAAUGUUUAUUUUUCAUCCAAGGCAAAUGAAGUGCCUUGGCAAUAUCAAAUUUUAAUCCACGCACAGACGAGUUUAGACAAGUUAUGAUAUAAAUAUAUAAUAACCGUUAUAUCCAAAAAUAAAAAAAAGCAUAAACUCGAAAAUAUACGUAUUUUGUCUUUGGUUUGACCGGUUCAUGGCUCUGUAUUCACCUUGUCGUUUUCCAUUUCUGUCUGAGCUAUUUCACGCGGGUAAUGUCGUUCAUUGAUUCUCAGUCCAGAGCUCAGCUUCUUCUUCUUCUUCUUCUUCCGGAGCUCAAUGUGAACAGUACGGUUUCAGAUUGAAGAAGGCUCUCUGUAAUUUUUUUGUCUAGUUGAAUUGUGUCGUGGUUCGAAUCCAAGCUCCGGUUAAAAUUGGAAAGUUAUAUUUGGAUAUUUUCGUGUUUUUGCUGUUAAAUUCGAUCAUUUCUGUACGUGCCCAAGUCCGGAGAAUCAGCUAGAUUUGGGGAAAUAUAUUUGUUGGCCACUGUAGUGUAUACGCUUGCCUAGGCCAGAAAAAUGGUGGGUUUGCGGUUUCCAUGGAAGAAUUCUGCAGAGAAUCCCGAACCAGUGAUUGGAAUUUUGGGGUGUGAAGUUGUUGGCUUGAUGUCAAAGGUGGCUAAUUUGUGGCAUUGUUUGGGUGAUAAAGAGAUUCAAAGGUUGAGAGAACAAAUUGAAGAUUCAGUUGGGGUUAAAAUGCUUGUAUCCGAGGAUGAUAAUUACCUCUUUGAACUAGCACUGGAGGAGAUAAUUGAGAAUUUUGGGUGUCUUUCAAAGUCUGUGGUGAGGCUUGGUCGGAGGUGCAAAGACCCUUUAUAUCACCGCCUCGAACAGUUCUUUAAGGACCCUUUUCAAACUUACUUUCAGUGGUUUGGUUUGGCAUAUCGAUGGAAGAAAAUGGAGAAGAAAGUGAAAAAAAUUGAGAAGUUUGUUGCAGUUACUAUGCAACUAUCCCAAGAGCAAGAUGUUUUGGUGGAGCUUGAACAAACACUGCGGAGAAUGCAGAAAAAUUCUCAGUUAGAUCGGGUGAAAUUGCUUGAGUACCAGCAGAAGGUAAUGUGGCAGCGUCAAGAAGUGAAAAAUCUACGAGGUUUGUGUCCAUCUGUUAGAACUUAUGAUUACAUUGUUCGGCUUCUGGCAAGAUCUCUCUUUACAAUUUUAGAGAGACUCAAACUUGUUUUUGGAGUCAUUCAAAUGGCUUCUGCAGAAGGGAAAAACAACUGCGAACCUAGAAGUUCUGAUUGUCUUCUUCGCACCCAUUCCUUUUCAACUCAUCUGCAUUCUUCUGUUCAUCCAUCUGAGACUAAUGUUUGUGGCUUUUCUUCAGGACCUCCCGUGGGGUCCUUUGCAAAGCAAGUGGCAAAUGUGGGCAAGAACAGAUUGAGUGACUUGUUGCAACAAGAUCCUCAUCAGUCAUUGACACAACGCAUAAAGCUUCAAAAUUCAAAAUCUAGGAGGCAUCGAGGAUCUUUUAGUGGCUGCAUGAUUGGAGGAGUUUAUUCUCCUGUAGUUGAAAACUGCAGGCCUUUAGUUGGUGGUUCCAUGAGGCUGAGCCCUACUUAUAUGAAAACUGCCAAUAAUACUAAAAGUAAGGGACCUCUCUCUUCAAGUAACAACGUUUAUUUGAAAUUAGCCAUGUUCAAUUCCAAGAGUAAAUUGUUGAAUGUCCGUGCUUCAACUCUUGGGGAGGCUGCUUUGGCUCUUCACUAUGCGAAUGUUAUCAUUUUGAUAGAGAAACUAGUUUCAUCACCUCACCUGAUUAGUGCUGACACAAGAGAUGACCUGUACAAUAUGUUACCCACAACAGUAAGAGCUUCUUUGAGGGCUAAGAUUAAGUUGUUUGCCAAAACAAUGGGUUCAUCCGUCUACAGUCCUGCCCUUGCAGCAGAAUGGAAUAUGGCACUGCUACAGAUAUUGGAGUGGCUAGCUCCACUUGCUCAUAACAUGAUAAGGUGGCAUUCUGAGAGAAAUAUUGAGAAGCAGCAUGAGGUUGCAAAAACAAACGUGCUUCUCGUGUUGACCCUUUACCAUGCAAAUCAGGCAAAAACUGAAGCUGCAAUCACAGAGCUUCUGAUUGGUUUGAAUUAUAUGUCCAGAAUUAGUGCAGUUAAUGAGAGGGCCAUUUUGUGGUCUGCUGGCAAGCAGCCUUGCAAGAUCAACAGGGAACUGGCCUCAUCAUGAUCGAAUUUCAGAAGUGAGAAGGGCUUUCAAAAUGAUUUACAGCUGAAAGAGUUCCAAAAGAAAACACACGAAUUUGAGAACUGGUUGGGCUUAUUUUGUUGACUUGCUGCUUUGAAGAUAUCAUCUCCAACUCCAAUCUUCUCUUCAUAGCAACAGCUUUUUGGAAAAUUUACCAUCAAGUUUCCUGUCAAAUUGGUGAAACAGUCGAAGCUAUUAGGCACCUGAGCAUAUUCUUUGCUUAACUCCAAACAGGAUUAGCCUUGGCCAUCUAUAAUAAGCUUUACAGUCCAAGAUCCUCUGUGGCGUGAAGGACAAAGGAUCAUCCCUAGCAUCUAAGUCUUUUCAACUUGGCCAAAGCAUUCACCAAAGCUUGGUUUCCAAUCAACUGGGGUGAGGCAAUGGCCCCCAAAACAAGGUGAAGCAGUCGAUAAAGCGAGUGCUGUACGAGUACACAUUCACCACCCACAUGGUCAGAAUCAGCUAUAAUGCUUCCAUAUUAUAUACAACUUUUGAGUGUAAGAUCUUCUACAUCGGAGUCCUGUCAACUUGCACAAGCAUUCACCAAGGCAGGCCUUUGUGUUAUCUAUCUGGUUAGCUUGCGAGGAAGAUUUUCAAUAUCACUCUCUUCAACCAUUCUGCUUGAACUCAACACGGCUGAGCUCGGCCUUUAGCUUAAUCAUCUAUUUGGGAUCGCAUAAUGGCUCGGUUAGUGGCCAUUCAACUGUGCUGCCCGUUGUUUUUGAAUUAGCCAUGACUAUUCUCUGUAUCCACUGUUUUUGUAUUAGUACUGACUAGUGAAGAGUAAGUUCUCAGAACUGAACUUUUAUGUGUGCUGAACCACGAGAAAUUAAAGGAAACUCCUAGAUAUACCAUUGCCUUUGCGCAAAUGAAGAUUUUUGCUUUGUAGUUUUUAUGGUAGGUGACUAUAGGCCCCAAAUGUAAACUUUUUUGUAUUGAUUUUCUGAUUUUGAGGGAUAAAUUGCGCUGAAAUGCAUUAAGUUAUUAAACUAA